GGCAGGGUGCUGCCAGGGGGAGCUGGAGGCAAAGACUGGGUCCCAUGGCUGCAAAACUCUUCAGUGUUGCCCAUAAUGUGGAAACCUUGUAUUCGAGUGGGCCGCCCCAGUGGCUGUCAGUGUACUUGAGGCUGCAGAGGUGCUUCAGUCACCACGCCUUCUUGCUGCUGCUGCUCUUGUUCCCAGACCUACCUGCAGCUGCCCACAACUUGAAGCCGUCCCUGCCCCCAAUUGUAAAAAACAACCCUUUUCUAGUGACUUGGAAUGCGCCAACUGCUCGCUGUUCAGCUGCCUAUGAGGUCCCCCUGAACUUGGACUCCUAUGACAUUCUAGUGAACUCCCAAGAAGCCUUCGCUGGGGGGAACAUCACCAUUUUCUACUAUGACCAGCUGGGCUUGUAUCCUUACUACUUGAACACAACUGUACCCCCCACUGCUGUUAAUGGGGGCUGCCCCCAGAACUCCAGCCUGACAAAACACUUGGAGAAAAUGAAGAAUGAUAUUGGGGCCGUCAUCCCCUCAGAUGCCUUUGCAGGCCUUUCGGUGAUCGACUGGGAGAACUGGAGGCCUCAGUGGAUAAGGAACUGGGAUAAGAAAAACGUCUAUCGGAACAUGUCCCUCCAUCUUGUCAGGGAAAGGAACCCCCCUUUGUCCGAUUCCCAGGCAGAAAUGCAGGCCAAGUGGGAAUUCGAGACAGCUGCAGAAAGAUUCAUGUCAGACACCCUCCAGCUUGCCCAGUCUCUGCGUCCCAAUGGCUGGUGGGGCUACUACCUCUUCCCAGAGUGCUACAACUACCAUUACUUGGAUGACUUUGCAAACUUCACAGGGCACUGUCCGCCACUGGAGGUGCAGCGUAAUGAUGAUCUGAUCUGGCUUUGGGAAAACAGCAAAGCUCUCUAUCCUUCCAUCUACAUGGAGGAGGUGCUGAGAACUUCCCUCCAAGGAAAGAAGUUUGUGUGGGCCAAAGUGGGUGAAGCCCUGAGAGUGGCUGAACUGCCAUCUGCUGAGCAUUCCUUGCCUGUUUUUGUCUAUGCCAGGCCUUUCUACACCUACACACUGAAAGAACUGACCCAGACAGAUUUGGUGUACAGCAUUGGGCAAGCAGCUGCCAUGGGAGCACACGGCAUUGUACUCUGGGGAGAUGCGGACUACUCACGCAACCGGACCAACUGCUUAAAGAUUCAAGAGUACCUGAUGAGCACCUUGGGCCCUUACAUUGUCAACGUGACCACAGCAGCCAAACUUUGCAGCCAAAAUAUCUGCAAUAACCAUGGCCGCUGUGUCCGCCGAAGGAUGGACUCUGACACCUAUUUGCACCUCAGUCCCGACUCCUUCCAGAUCCAAACAAGUACAGAUGGCAAUCAAACCAAAAUGUCAGUGACAGGCACCAUGACCCAUCAGCAGAAGGACAAGAUGAGGCAGGAGUUCACGUGUCACUGUUAUCUAGGCUGGAACGGAGAAAGAUGCCAUUCCCGGAGCCAGGGAUUGCGACCACAAACGUGCAGCUGGUACAUUCUUGGGGUAAUUCUUGCUGCACUGUGGGCAUGGCAUUUAUGAGCCAGUUGGACCAGUUGUUAUAAAACUGAAUUUUUGUGAAGCCAGUG